GCCUCGACGCGCACAGUCGCGGCUCGAACGCCGUUCCCUGCGAACGUGUGUUGUCCUCGCGGACCGUGCGCCCGUCCUCGGCGGCGCGAAUGACAUUCCGUUGGUGCUUGGCGAUCGUACGCGAUUUUCAGAGGUACACUCACGACGAGAGGGACGACGACGUGAAUGCGAUCGUGAUCGUUCGAGAGAGGCUCCUUGACGAGAAACGUCCAAGAAGAAAUCGAUCAAGUUCGAAUUUUUUCGGAGCACUCAGAGCUACGCACAUGUUUGGUAUUGAUGACUGGUGACAACCCCCACGCGCGCCGAAACAGUGCCUCGCGGCCUUCUCAGGGAGAUGAUUGGCAACGUUGACUGAUCCUGUGAUCGAUGAUCGAGAGACUACGAUCGAUGUUGGCGUUUAGAAUUGUGUACGUGAUGUUCUGAAUAGACUGACGUGCCGAUUGGUGAUCAGGAAACGGGACGAGACUGUAGAUCGCUCUAUUUACUCCGAGACGAUAUUUAUCGUAAUGAGUUGCGACCACGUGUGUGAUUUUCCGCAGUCUAGUCAGAGACAAGGUGCUCCAAGUGACGUUUAGAAGACAAACCGAAAGAAAAACUGACAUACGGCUUUAAAAACCUGUCAUCUUUUCGAUCACAUUCUUAAUUAUAUUAGUGCCAGGACUAAAAUUCACGCUAUGAGUUUGUGAGAAUUCGAGUACAACGCGAUAUGUCACGAAUGGCGGCGACUUCCGAGGCCCAGGAGAAUUAUUGAGAGGCCCCAGAAGGGAAUGGAUUUUCAGAGCGCAAUGGACACCUUUGUAGAGGCAUGGAUGGCUGCUAACACGAAGACGGAUCAAGUACAGAGCCAAGCGUUGGCGUUGACGCACAAAGCCUCGCCACCAUCGAGACCGAGCAGCGUGUCCUCGUUACCGAGGAGUCCUCAGUCUCAUCAGUCCCAGCAGUCUCAGCCGCAGAACGCACCUCAGCACCCAUCGGUACAUCCGUUGCAAUCGCAAACACCUCUCGGUACACCCCAGACACCGUUCUCCGCGCACAACCAGCACCCAAAGCAAGAAAUCAACGCCAGUCCCAAGCAGGAAGGCUUCGAUCUCAGCAAAUCUGCUUCCAGUACAGCGAAAAAUCUACCGGUGCAUUGUGUGGUGGAGACGAUUCACAAUAUUGUGGAAAGCCAUGUGAGCAACAGCCGUGAAAAAUGGCGAAGUCCCCAAGUGGAGACGGACUCUUACGUUAUUAUUCCGGUAGCUAUGCCCUUUCAGGAUUUGGUGGGCGAGGCACUCGUUCGUCUGGGAUACUCCAGCGAUCUGAUACCAAGUGCUAGAGGGAGCAUCGUUAUACGUAACUGGAAGCCUUUGCCGAUGGAGAAAGUUGCCGAUGGACCACUACUGACAGUAGGAGAUAUUUUGGCCGAAUUGACGUCGGUGGCGACUCUGAAGAUUCAGGUGUACAGAUCCAGGCCACCACCUCCCAGUCCGGCAGCUGAAGUUAGAAAUAAAUUGCUGAGGUUGCUCUUGUUGCACAGCCACACGCUUCUCGUCUCCGCCGGGUGCCCUUUAGACGAGAUGACUCUGCUAUCCCUCUGUCGAGGUGGCAACGACCUGUCGGAAGAGACAAAGAGAAAUUUUGAAACGUGGCUGCAGCAACAACAGAUAGGUCUCGGUAUAAAUCCAAUAGCACCAACUUCCAAUCAUCAUCAUCAUCACACGCAAAGUCCACAGCCCGAUAGCGGAGGUACGAUCGCUCCCGGCAGCGGUCCGAUCGGACCCCCGCAUCCGGCACUUCUUCAGUAUUCGCACAAGACCAGGAUGAGGACCAGCUUCGAUUCGGAGCUCGAGUUGCCGCGUCUCCAGCGUUGGUUUGCUGAGAAUCAACAUCCGUCGCGCGAACAAAUACAACACUAUGUCGCGGAAUUGAACUCUCUAGAGUCGCGCCGCGGCAGGAAACCACUGGACGCGAAUAAUGUUGUAUACUGGUUCAAGAACGCUAGGGCCGCGCAAAAGAGAGCCAGCAUGAAUGGCUGCAGUCCACCUGGGCUUAGUCCGAGGGGCGCCAGCAUCGUUAGCGAGGACUGCACGGACGAAGAGGAGGACACUAGGCAUCAGUCGACAUCGGGGUCACCUUGUCCACCGAGCAGUCCACCUGUCGGCCCACUGUCCUUGACUACAAGACCCGAGGAUCAGCAACAACCGCCGACAUCUACUCCAGCCUCGGUAAAGCAAGAAGACGCGAGGGUUUCCUCUGGUUCCGAGGACGAUGAAACCAGGCAUACGGGCCCCAUUCCGCCAGGAUUUUCCUUGGUACCCAGCCCCAUGUUCGGUCAUGGUAUAAUGUACAUGUCGCAUUAUCUGCCGCCGCGCGGACCUGCCGGUUGUCCCACCAGCAUGCUAGCCGAUGAGAGAAGGAAGAGGAACCGGACGUUCAUCGAUCCCGUGACGGAAGUGCCGAGAUUAGAGUAUUGGUUCAAGCGGAGCACUCAUCCAAGCCACGCGCUCAUUCUGUCGUACACGGAGGAGCUGAACAAGAUGCCCUAUCGCCAGAAGUUUCCACGCCUGGAGCCGAAGAACGUGCAAUUCUGGUUCAAGAACCGCAGGGCCAAGAAUAAGCGACUGAAGAUGGCUCUGUUCGAGGGCGAGUCGCCGCAACAGCAUCCAUAUCACGCCGACUAAUUAAUUUCCUUAAAUAACAUUGACUAGAGAAGCGCGAGAGAGGCUUGGCCUUCGCAGCACGGAAAUAAAAGAAAAUCGUUAACCGACUUGUUACUCCUUACUAUCGUUGACACGCGGUUUUAAACGUUUACCGGCCGCACAUUCAUUGUAAUUAUCACGUAACAAUUAAUAUAAUUAUUAUGGACUUUCAUGAGUGUAAAUACGAGGUGAUGUCAAAUAAAAAGUAUA